AAGCAAACAAAACAUAACAGUAAACUGUCCUCUCUUUUUGAGAUUCGGUUGAAGAACUUGGAUCAUGACGUUAUUGUCUUCAAAGGCUCAGAGCAUACAGCGGCCUCAGCGUUUGUCAGUGGCAAAAUUGUCUUCUCUGUAACAGAGCCUAUUACUGUGAAAAAGAUCACUUUGAAGUUGUAUGGAACACUCCGUCUUCGGUGGCCUGAAACACACAAAUCGCAAGCUAACAGGCCCACCAAGUUUGAUAAGAAGGUCUACGAGUUUGCAUGGGAUAGCAACGACUUUUCCAAGUAUUUGAGCAACAUGUACACCAAUUCGUCUGCCACUGGAAAUGCUAAUACACAUGGCCACUCAUUGAAAGGCUCGACAACGUCACUCAAAAACUUAGGAAUGUCUUUGAGAUCCAUUUCAUCUACAUCGUUGUCGCACCUUUCGAAUGCCCCAGGUCAUGGUUCCCAUAGCUCGUCUUCAUCCAACAUCACCGGAAAGGGGAACCAUAUUUUGGUUCAAGGCAACUACGAAAUCCCAUUUCAGGCAAUCUUGCCCGGAGACAUGCCAGAGUCUGUUGAAGGUCUACCAGGGGCUAAUAUCGUGUACAAAUUCGAGGCUCAAAUCGAAAGAGGCAAGUUUCACAACCCUAUGAUCACCAAGAAGCAUGCACGAGUUGUUCGUACAAUGACAACUGACGCUGCUGAACUUUCUGAAACCAUGGCUGUGGACAACACAUGGCCCAAAAAGGUGGAGUAUUCAUUGAGUGUACCAUCCAAGGCUAUUGCCAUUGGCUCAGGCACUCCAGUUAGCAUGAUGCUUGUUCCGCUUUUGAAAGGCUUGCAGCUUGGCGAGAUCAAAAUGACCUUGGUCGAAAUGUACUCUUUUGUGGGUUAUAGUCCUCCCCCGCAUACUUCUGAGCGUGUGGUCUGCGAGAAAAUAGUCCCUGCGCCUACCGAAAAUGAUCCUAAUUACCAGAUGGAUAAGUGGGAGUUGACUACCUUUUUGAAAGUACCGCCCAAUUUGUCAAAAUGCACACAAGAUUGUGACAUUCAGACCCACUUGAAAGUACGCCACAAGUUGAAAUUUGUCAUUGGCUUGAAAAACCCCGAUGGUCAUACGUCAGAGUUGCGUGCUUCACUUCCCGUACAAUUGUUCAUUUCUCCCUUUGUGGGAAUACGUGCAAGAACUGAAGACGAUGAAGACGACCUAAGCCAAGGUCCAUUUGAAGAAGAGGAGAUUUUCCAUUCCAAUUCUAGUGCCAUAUCCCAGACAAGCCUGGGUCAAAACGACACAGAGUCAUCCACCGAUGCGAGCGCUUUGAGAUCAAAUCCACAUUCGGUGACGUCUUUCACCGGUAUUGUUGCACCGCCCGUUUAUGAGAAGCAUGUCUUGGAUAGACUUUGGACGGAUGUAUCGCCAAUCGAAUCUCCCUUGAGUUCAGGAGCUCAAACUCCAAGAUCCCUCUACAGCCGUCCGCCAGCCGGGGACGUGCUGCAAUUCUCCAUGUCAGCAAUUGAUACGGCCAAAUUGUCGGAAAAUUUGAGACAAUUGAGCAUUCAGAGGCAGCUUCAAGAGGGAACUGAAGGGAGUCGUGCAUCAACACCUGGGCGAGCUACGUUUAACUUGGACGGUGAUCAGGCAGAAUCUGGUGACUACUUUUCCAAAGGGCGCCCCGUUGUCACUGAUUCGGGGAGCUUUAACCAAGCAAACCACACAGGGGCUGCCCCAGGACUACUUUCACCGGAGGGAAUCUCCCCAGUUCACUUGUCUCGGGUAAACUCAGAGAGCAACCUUGAUCAGAACGCAUUGUCCAAAGUGCCGUCCUACAGCGAAGCUAUGAAGAGCAAUGUAGACGACACCCUUGCACCCAAGUACAUACCGCCGCUUCCAGGGUCGCUGAUCGACUUGACAGAGGUGAAUCGCCGUUUUGAAGAAAACAUCUCCAGGCAAAAAGGUGCCUCCAGUCCAAACCAAUUAGGGUUUUCUCAGAACAGGCUGUUUUUGUCCAGAGCAUCUUCGACCAGAGGUGCCUCACGCAACUCUUCCAACGACUCGUCUCCCUCUGGCUCCAAGAACGCUUCUGUCAGCAACUUGGCCGCGUUAGCG